UCUAAUUGCGCAAGGAAAAACCGAAGUGGUCUGAACGGACUCGUUCCGAUAACUUGCGGUUUUUCGAAUCAUGAUUCGCUGUCUCGGUGCAGUUCACCUUGGCUGUUAAUCUUUGAGUUUCUUAUCUUAUUCUUCUCGUGUUGGUUCAAGUUGUUCAGAGUGGAACGAAGAUUUUCAUCCUUACAAGAUCAAUUUCAGUGAUUCCUGGUUAAUUUUGUUCCUGAGGGAUGCAGCCAAUUAAAGAAAGGCAAAUAAAGCCUUAUCAAUGCAAACAUUGUCCGAAGUCUUUUAAGAGCUCCAACGGUUUGAAAUAUCAUUUGGAUAAGGUACACAUUGCAGAAGAGAACAUGAUGGAAGAAGAGACCUGCUAUGUAAUGAAAGAAAACUCCUCACAAAUGCCUGAAAAGCCUCGCACUGUUCCCCCUGCUCUGAAUCUACUCACAGAAGAAGUAACUUUGCUGACGGAGUUUGCUCUGAUUGCUACCAGUCCACAGAGUCCUUUGGUGAGAGAAGUCUGGGGUGAGAACUCUGAUGUCAGGCGCCGUGAAGACGACAGCCCACCUCCUCAGCUUAUUAUGGAUCUUCAAUCUAAUGGUAAUUGGCGAUAUGUGUCACAAACCACUCCAGAAACUCCGAUACAAACAACUUUCCUAAACACUAUACCAGCUGCCAAAUGGCAAUAUUUUAUGGCGGGAACCAAAUUGAAUUUCCCUGACGAAGAUGGCUGGACCUGGCGAACGGUUGAUGAUCUCGAUAUGGAAAAAAUAUCUCCUGAUUUGUUUCGCGAUGGACUUCGAGUCGUAGACUGCCAGAGGAUUGAAACGAAAUAUGGUAACAAUACUAUGGAUGAAUACAUCGUAACUUUCAAAUCAUGCAGUGAUAAAGAAACAAGUCUUCAGGCUGAAAUCACCGCUGACCAUCCGUUCUUCGUCAAGGGAACAGACACAGCAGGUUGGGCGUCGUUUGACCCUGUUGCGACCGAAUCGCAUUAUGGGAUAAGUUGCCAGCCCUUGCAACGUGGUGAUGUCUGUGUUUUGCCACAUGCCCCAGAAGUUGUGGGAUUAACUUUGAAUGGAAAUGAAUUGGAUGGAAAGGAGAAAACGUCAGAAUUUACGGCUAUGGAUUCUACAGCCGCUCUUACGCUCAGCAGUAUGGCCAAGGAUAAAGAAGAGCACAGUCACCGAAGAACCAAACUACUGUCAGGGUCCCACACUCCACUCAGCCCAGUCAAAAGAAACAAUACGCAUCAGUUCAGCAAAAGGCCAAUGAACGCCUUCAUGUUAUUUGCUAAACGCUUCCGACUGGAAAUCACUCAGGCUCAUCCAGGCAAAGACAAUAGAGCAAUAAGUGUGAUCCUUGGUGACAAAUGGAAGGCUAUGAAGCAAGAAGAUAGGCGAGAGUAUGUGAUCCAAGCAAAAAUGUUAGCAGAUGAACACAAACGAGUGAAUCCAGACUGUUGGAAGAGAAAGAGAAACUCUGAGGGUUCCUCCAAGAUUAGCUACAGGAGACCAUAAAAGUGUGCGGCAGUAGAUCUCCAGAUGCCUAAUAUAUAUUCUUUUUUAGAUCAUUUUGUAAUAUAUGAUAUAUUUUAAACCAAUUCAAAAGAAUUUUUUCAUUAACGGAAAACAAGGCAUUAGUUAUACUAUGUAUAACGUAUUUAAAAGCUUCUUUGUAAAUAAUUCAACAUAGUUGUGAAAUGUUUUUUAUUGGGUUAUGAUUUUUAUAGAAUAGUAUUGAGAGUUUGGUAAGUUAUUCUGUCAUUAAACCUGGUUGUGAUUAAAUCAGCUUGAAAAACGAA